GUGAAGCCACUACUGCAUUUAAAGGGCGCAAACAAAAGCAAACGCUCGUGCGUAGCAUCAAAACAAUAAACAAAACGUAACAAUAACAGGCAUAUCUCACAACAUGUCUACAUUCCGUGGUGCUAUCAAGAGGCUCAGCUGUGAUUCGAAGAUUUCAGCGAUUUUCUUCGACCUUGACAAUACUCUGAUUGCAACCAGGAAAGCCGAUGCAAAGGCAUGCAGCAAGGUGGCCGACCUGCUGCACCAAGACCAUGGUUUCAGUCGCGAGGUGGCAAACGAGACGGCCACCAACUACCUGACCGCGUUCCGGCGCUGCCCGGACAACCCGGACAUGGCGCUGGCCCAGUGGCGCUCGCAGCUCUGGUACGACGUGCUGCCCGGCACGCACAAGCAGCUGGCCGGGGAGCUGUACGGACGCUGGCUCGAGUGGCGCUACCGUUACCUGGCCAUCCCGGCCGAGGUCCAAACUAUGCUGCAGACGCUCCGGCUCCAGUACCUGCUCGGUAUCAUCACGAACGGCCCGACCGCGGCGCAGUGGGAAAAGAUCGACCGGCUGGCGCUGAACAAGUACUUCGACUGCAUACUGGUAUCCUCUGACUUACCGUGGGCCAAGCCCGAUCGUAAUAUCUUUUACGCAGCUUGCCACUAUCUAGGUGUACCGCCCGGCCAGUGCGUGAUGAUUGGCGACAAGCUCGAGACCGACAUUCAGGGCGGAAUUGAGGCGAACUUGGGCGCGACGGUGUGGCUGCCGUUACCGUCGGAGCAGCGGAUCGUUGGCGAUCGGACCAUGGAUGACGUGCCGGAGCACGUGCGUCCCGACGCCAUCGUUGACAGUGUGCUGAAACUACCGGCUCUGCUGCCUCCGUCGACGUCGUUCCGGGCAAGGACACCCGCGUCGUCGUUGUCGGCGCAGCAGGAACAGAAGACAACGCGAAACCGAGCGGCUCAGUACAACCGUAUCCUGCCAGAAAUCCCUGACCUCUACAGUUCGUACAGCAGCGCCAGUAACAGCAGCAGCGGAUUCUCCAGCAACGAUUGCAGUCAACAUUCGAUCGGCAGCAAUGACCACGGGACCACCAGCAGCUGAAUGUGAUCGUCGAUCAACCGUGUGUAACUGAGGGUGCUGCUGUGGCCGACGUUGGAGGCACAAGGGGGACUCUGGCUGGCGGCAUGGCCAGCGUCGUGCUGCAAUGAGAUGGAGUUGGGUGCUGUGAGAUUACUGGAGACCAUUUCAUCUCGGAACCCGGAAAACCUGCAUCCAAUAGAAAAGCUGGUAGUGGGCACGCUUCCCUCUUGUUUCUUGCCUCCAAGCAGGCCUCUGCCUGCCAUUGCAACACUCGGCUGAAAUUAGAAAAGAAACCGCUUUUUAGAACGGGUAAACGGUUUUCCCUUUCAAUAGUUUUUUUUCAACUCCCUUUCGAAUACGUCUUACCUAUUAUUUUAAAGUUAGUCAUUUUUUCUUGCUGCUCCCCGUCGGUUUUGCAUCUAUAAAAUGUCCCUUAAUUGACGACUUGUGUGAUGAUCGUCCCACACGCAACUAUACUUACAACUUCAAUUAUGAUGCGCAUAAAACUACAACAAUUUCUUCCCGAAUGGGCUAUUUCAAUUAUCGCGCAAAAGUUUCUUUGCAGCAAGACGAACUGUGGAUGUAUCCGCAGCAUAGAGACACACGAGGGCGAAUAUGCUCUAUUAUUGUUCCCAUCGAGGUACAUUACUUUGCUUCUUCUGCACGCCAUCGAGAGGGGGGGCUGCUAAACUACUGUAUCGAAUAAUACUUUUACUCCAUCUUCUCACUAGUAUGUAGAAAUGUUAACCGCCGUUUACUUGGGGAAGUACCUGAUCUGAUAAGGAUGCAAGGAAAAGAAAAAGUAUGGAAAGAAAACAAACUUUUGUAACCCAAUUACACCUACCGGAAAUACAAGCAAUCGAACAAAUAAAAGUACUACAUGUUCGGUCCGCGCAAGCAGGGCCGAAGAAACCAUCAGCAAAAGAUAAAAACAAAGCAAAACACAAAAUCAGUAAAGACAAACAAAGAGCAAAUAAGCCUAUUUUUAUGUAAAACUAUUUCCAGUAAUCUGCAGGGCAGAUGAAGUAAAACAAAAAAAAAUUAAAACACCAGCUACAGCCGGGAAAUAAUAGUUGGAACCAGUUGGACACAAUGUUGCGAAAUCUCACCCACCCAACAGACACACCAGCAGUCAAUCCAAGUUCAUACUCCUUACACAGCAGUAGAAGCACAACACUACGGACUCGCGCGUCUCUGGCUUCCACCGACCGGAACAGUUGCAGUAACAGGCAAAGCAUAUAGUAUUUCACGUGCUCCGCUGAAGGUAUUCCCCGACCACUACCGAGGAGAGGAAGAUUAGGUUUUUUUUUUCUAAAAAAAAAAAGAGCAUAUUCAAAUUAAUCUAACUCUGGAGGGAAAUGCUGUGAUGAUUAU